AUGGGCUGUUGUGGUUUUGCCUGUUUGAGGUUGGUAGCUGUCGCUGUCGUCCGUGGUGACUCCAAGGUCUCCGGCACUGUCACCUUCGAGCAGGCCGAUGCCAACUCCCUCACCACCAUCUCCUGGAACAUCACCGGCAACGACCCCAACGCCGAGCGUGGUUUCCAUGUCCACCAGUUCGGUGACAACACCAACGGCUGCACCUCCGCCGGCCCUCACUUCAACCCCUUCUCCAAGACCCACGGUGCCCCUGAGGAUGAGGUGCGCCACGUCGGUGACCUCGGUAACUUCAAGACCGAUGCAGAGGGCAACGCCGUCGGCUCCAAGCAGGACAAGCUGGUCAAGCUGAUCGGUGCCGAGAGCGUUCUGGGCCGUACCCUUGUCGUCCACGCCGGCACUGAUGAUCUCGGCCGUGGUGGCAACGAGGAGUCCAAGAAGACUGGUAACGCCGGUGCCCGCCCUGCCUGCGGUGUCAUCGGUAUUGCCGCCUAA